CAACGCACUCGCCACCCACCAUUCAAAUCCCCCUCUCUUCUCCCCCUCCCUGCUCCCUUCAACCGCUGCUCGGGCUCGGGCUGUUCGUUCGGCUCCAUGGCCUUCCGACUGUCCUCCCCGCCCUCCUCCGCCGCCGCGGCGGAGGCGUGGAAGUGGCUGGGCUUCGUGACGGCGGUGUGGGUGCAGGCCAUCUCCGGCAAUAACUACACCUUCUCCAACUACUCCGACGCCCUCAAGUCCCUCAUGGGCCUCACACAGCUCCAGCUCAACAACCUCUCCGUCGCUAAGGACGUCGGCAAGGCCUUCGGCCUCCUCGCCGGCCUCGCCUCCGACCGGCUCCCGACGCCGGUGAUCCUGCUCAUCGGGUCGGUCGAGGGGCUGCUGGGCUACGGGGCGCAGUGGCUGGUCGUCAGCCAGCGGAUCCAGCCCCUCCCGUAUUGGCAGAUGUGCAUCUUCCUGUGCAUGGGAGGGAACAGCACAACGUGGAUGAACACGGCGGUCCUCGUCACCUGCAUCCGCAACUUCCGGCGCAACCGCGGCCCCGUCUCCGGCAUCCUCAAGGGCUUCGUCGGCCUCAGCACCGCCAUCUUCACCGACAUCGCCGCCGCCCUCUUCUCCUUCCCCUCCUCCUUCCUCCUCCUCCUCUCCCUCGUCCCCUUCGCCGUCUGCCUCUCCGCCGUCCUCUUCCUCCGCGAGUCCCCUCCUCCCGCCCCCGCCACCGCCGCCGCCGCCCCCGAGGACCCCAAGGACGAGCCCCGCUACUUCGGGGCCUUCAACGCGGUGGCCGUCGCCAUCGCCGUCUACCUGCUCACGUUCGACGUGACCGCCCCCCACGGUCCCGCCUUCUCCCGCGUUUUCGCCGCCGGCCUCCUCGUGCUCCUGGCCUCGCCGCUGGCCGUGCCGGCGUACUGCUUCUUGAAGAGCUUGACCCCCCGGGGGCCCCUCUCUCGGGGCUCCGACAUGGAGAAGCAGCCGGGCCUGGGCGACCUCGCCGAGCCGCUGCUGAGGCAGGAGGUCGUCCCGGAGAGCCAGCAGAAGCCGGAAGUCGUGGAGGAGGCGGCGGCGGUGGAGAAGAGGAGGCCGGCGAUCGGAGAGGACCACACGAUAUUCGAGGCGAUGAGGAGCGUGGAUUUCUGGAUCCUGUUCGUAUCGUUCUUGUGCGGCGUGGGGACUGGGCUGGCGGUGAUGAACAACAUGGGGCAGAUGGGGUUGGCCUUGGGCUACGCCGACGUGUCCAUGUUCGUCUCCUUGACCAGCGUCUGGGGAUUCUUCGGCCGGAUCGGGUCGGGUUCUCUGUCCGAAUACUUCCUCAAGAAAGCCGGAACUCCAAGACCACUCUGGAACGCGGCGUCCCAGAUCCUGAUGGCUGUUGGCUACGUGAUCCUGGCCAUGGCACUGCCUGGCUCCCUAUACAUUGGCUCCAUCGUGGUCGGCGUCUGCUACGGCGUCCGCCUGGCAGUCACAGUCCCCACCGCCUCCGAGCUGUUCGGGCUUAAGUACUACGGCCUCAUCUACAAUGUCCUGAUCCUGAACCUCCCGCUCGGCUCGUUCCUCUUCUCCGGACUCCUCGCCGGCCUGCUGUACGACGCGCAGGCGACCAGCACAGCCGGGGGCGGGAACACCUGCGUGGGGCCCCACUGCUACCGGCUCGUGUUUGUGGUCAUGGCUAUUGCCUGUGUCGUGGGGUUCGGGUUCGACGUGCUGCUUGCCGUGAGGACCAAGAAGGUCUACGCCAAGAUCUAUGCCAGCAAGAAGUCGAGGAGAGUGGGAUCUGAUGGUCAAUGAUGACGUUAGUAAUUCGAUAGGCUGCUACGGUUGUAGGGCAAGGGACUGUAUUCUAUUCCUGGGUUACUUUUUCUUUGGCCCAGUGAUAAGUUUAUAGAAAGAGAAUAUGCAGAUUCUCUGGAGAAAGAACCUUAGGUCAGCCCACAGUUUUACAACCUUCAUAUGAUAUUUGGAGGGGCCCUAAAAGGCGUAAGGAGCUGCCUGCUAAGCAGUCGUACUGUGCAAUUCUUUUUAAGGGUCUAGGUCCACAAAUUUUUAGUAUGAUUUGCUGAUCUUCCUAAUUAAUUGGAGAAUCUCUCCAUUUCAUGCUA